UGCUCCGUCGCGCAAGUGCCUCCCGGACCACGUUAGCCAUAGACAAAGCUAUACCCUAAUAUUCUCGCUGUCUGUCCUUCCUCGCACGCUCCUUUGACUCCCCCUCGCCCUCCCGCACCGCCUAGCGACGACUCGACAUCCCAGCGCGGCCAAGACGCAAGGCAGCCCGCACACGACCACCAAUUCAUGGAAGACAAGAGAGCGCAAGGAGCUGGUAUCCCGCGGCCCCACGUGUCCCACACCUUGGACGCAAGUCAUGCCCUCGUCACGUCGCCCGUCUUGCACCCGAUUGCGCUCGCAGUCCUCCGGCUCACGCUCGCAACGUACGCACUCUUCGUCGGACUGUACCAGUUGAUCGAAGAAGCAGUCAAGGAACAUGACGCCGGAACGUUCUUCUCGUACUUUACGCACCUAUCGUAUAUCGGCUUGAUCGCGUACAUGUACGCAGCGGGCGUACAAACGCUCUGCUAUGCGCUGAACCGGAGAAAAGGAUAUCCCCUCCAGCAAUGGCCGCGCGUUCUCCAACACCUGCACAUACUGCUGUACUCUACUAUCACUACCUAUCCAAUGGUGGUCACUGUAAUAUUUUGGGCACUGCUGUCAGACUCGGACACGUUCUCAACCACACUGAAUGCUUGGUUCAACAUUUCCGAGCAUGCCAUGAACACUGGAUACGCUCUCUUUGAGAUCUUACUCACCAACGCCGGCCCGAGCCCAUGGUGGCACCUCCCCGCCUGCGUCGCUAUGCUCGCAUGCUACCUCGGUGUCGCGUAUAUCACCCACGCGACGCAAGGCUUCUAUACCUAUUCGUUCUUAGACCCUGGAAAGGAGCACGCGAAGCUCGCUGGCUACAUCAUCGCCGUCGGCGUAGCGGAAUGUGUCGCGUUCGUCCUCGCCCGGGGCCUCACCUGGAUCCGCAUGCGGCUCUCAAGACGCAUGUCCUACGCCUCCUCCAGCGACACCGAGGUCGAGCCAGCGAUAGAUGAGGAUUGGCAGGAGAUCGGGAGGCCAGGGUCUUCGGUCGGGUACGCAGUAUGACGGCCCUCGCUGCCGUUGAUAGCGACGCUCCGAGAGGGGCAGCGAUGAUCGGGGCACCAGGAACGGGCAGCAGCAACAGGCGGCGUAACCCUGUAUGUGAAUAAGUGCAAUAGCGUGGUGGUGGUGCUGCUGGCCGGACAUCCAAGUGUACUAUAUGCGUCUCUUGAGGCUGAAUGGCAUCCAGUGUCGUCUGGGUAUGCAAUGCGCAUAGUUGUUCUGCAUCCUCGACAGAUGCGCACCUGAUGCACGCCGUGUGCGGAUCCUUGUAGUCUACAUCUAGCCGUGCAGUCCCAUAGCUGUCAAAUA